AUGUCCCCAAAUCCGGAAGACAAACAGCAUUCCCGGAAAAUGUCAGUCUCGUAUGCGAACAGACUUCCAACUACUAGUAGCAGCUCUCAAACGCUCCCCUCGUUUCGCGAGCUGCUCCCGCCUCACUUGCACGAAGAGAUAGAGUCUAGCUCAUAUUUGACGUCGCUCCGGAAUCGUCCGCACGAACGGGGACUAUCUGCGGGCGAGCAUCGGUUACAUACAGAAACAGGUCGUCUACCAUAUGUACCGUCCCCCAAACCAAGUUUUCCUCCACUACCACCAGCCUACUCUGCCGCGCCGAGCAGGGUGGAGCAAAGUCAACUUAGGGACCAUGGACCCUUGCAACCACAGCAGCAGCAAUAUGUCUCGUCCUAUAGACAGCGUCAGAUUCUUCCCCCCAUCCGUGACAUUCACCCUGAAGGCAGCGUGGGCACACCAGCCGGUCAUCCAUUUCCGGAAAGCAGAAGAACCAUCUCCUCGCGGCCCGAUUCCUUCUCUUCACAGGACUUUCCGCCUGCAACUUACGUAGAUGCCCCGCGCGCCUUUGGCACGACUGGCCAGACUGGUCUGUCGCGCAGUGAUCGAAGGAACGCCGACCCGUACGCACCAGGUGACAGCGGCCCGCCAUUCUUACACGGCCAAGCGCCGUAUUCAUAUAUCCCAGCAAUCCAUCAUGGGGAUCUGGAGUCGCCCUCCCGGCAAAUACCACUGCAUCAUCAGCAACCCAAUUUUGGCGUUAUUGGGGACGCGACAGAUCCCAAGAUCAAACGAAGGCGAGGGAAUCUUCCCAAGCCCGUGACCGAUAUACUCCGAGCCUGGUUCCAUGAGCAUCUGGACCAUCCCUAUCCCAGUGAGGAAGACAAGCAGAUGUUCAUGACUCGUACUGGAUUAUCCAUCAGCCAGAUCAGCAACUGGUUCAUCAACGCCAGGCGACGCCAGCUCCCUGCUCUUCGUAAUCAGAUGCGGAGCAGCGGAAGUGAUCGAGACGGUCGGCGACAAUCCCCUUCAAGCGACGCGGAAAUUGCAUCUCAAGACUCGAUUUCGUCCCCAAAUCGGUCAAUGGAUUCUUACAGAUCUUGA